AUGGACAAAGGAAGCCGCCCGCAGCUUGUGCACACUCCGUCGCAGCAGUCUGUUGCUGCCUCCUCCGACUACUACUCUUUCUCCAACGCCAGCAUCGGCUCAGACCGCAGCAGGCUCACCGUCGUGCGAUACCAGACGCCUCCCUCCCGAACUGCGUCCCCUGGCCUGAACAUGCGGCAGGAAGAUGCAUCGCGGCAAGCCCCGCAGCCAGCGCGCUCUGUUUCCCAGGCUGGUGCACGAACCGAGACUGGAACCCCGACGCCUGGCGUGGACGACACUCCUUAUAUUCGCUUUGCAAUCGAUCAACUGACUCGCGAUGAAGAGCUGCAUGGCCGAGGCCGCCGGGGGACUGUUGCCAGCACAGAUGAUUACCCUGUCGAACGAGUGAUGCCCGAUGAAGCACUAGGAUAUCAUAACUCCACCUCAAGAGAGACGGAUAAUCAGAUGGAGGACGAGAAGGAGGUGCCUCUGAUGCGCCCGGAAGAAAUCUUGAUACCAGCAGACGUUCCUGCGGAAGGAUACGAGUAUAACCGGCUCAAUGCAGUGCCACGCCCCUUACGCCUGUCACUACUCAGCCCUUUGAUUAUCUUAUGCUUGUGUAUGAUUGCAGCAUUGGUAUUCUGUAACACCUGGCCUGUAAAGCAUGAUGGUCUGUGGGACUACAGCGGAUUUGGGGACUCGCGAUACUUCGUUUUCGAAUUUUUACCGCAGCUAUUGGCUAUACUGAUCGUUAUCUGGAUCUUCGUUGUCCAAGCUGCUGUUUAUCGUGCCAUACCACUCUCCAUCCUCGCUCGCAAAACUUCCCGGAAACGAGUACUCCAGGGGCUACCUAUGGUGCCACAGAACUUUCUGUUGCCAGAUCUAUCUCACUUUCGGCAUGGUGAAGCCCUGAUUGGAAUAUGCCUCGUUGUUUUCUGGCUCACGAAUCUAAUGAUCGUACCCCUUCAGAGCUCUCUGUUUCAGCCUAAAUGGUAUGGCAGUGCUGAUUCUGGCGCGUUCCAAUGGAAUACGGUCCGCCCUGUUGCGUGGCUGCUAGUCGCGCUGUAUGUCAUCCUUACGGCUGCUCUGAUCACUAUCAUGGCUCGCUUCAACUUGGGGAUCUCUGGGCUGCAAUGGGACCCGGUCAGCCUCGCCGACAUUAUUCCCCUUAUUCAAAAAUCCAACGUGCUCCAUGAUUUUGAUCAGUCGGAAAUUUCCCGCGAAGUGGAACAGCAUAUCCCGUCGCGAACGGUGCGCUUGGGCUACUGGCGGACUUCGCUUAAUCCCAAUAUUUUUUAUGCUCUAGGCGAAGAAAACGCCCCCGUACACCGCCUCGCAGAAUGGAGAGACAGCUACACCGAGAAAAACGGCGUUAGAGAUACGAUUACUGAGGAAGAUGUUGAGCGACAACAAUUGAACGCAAAAAAUUCAUUUGAAAGGAGCCUCCACUCCCCCUUUGUUCGAUUUCGAUGGAUACCCUGGUUCUUGAAGGAUACUGUUGUCGUGGUCUGGACUGCUGUUGCGGUUGCAUUACUGAUUACGUUCAUUAUCAUCAGCUUCGUCAAUCGCCCAAUUUACAAUGGAUUUCUUCCUCUGCUGCCAACACUUUCGACAUCAUCAGGAUUCUCGCCCUCCAAUUUCCUCUACAGUUUCAUUCCUGCCUUGAUUGGAUCUCUGUUCUUCCUCGCAUGGCAACCUUUUGAUGUGUAUUUCCGAACCAUUCAGCCAUUCUGCUCACUAUCCUCGCCUAAUGGAGCCUCCGCCGACUCUAGUCUCCUCCUUGCUUACAACUCCUGCCUUCCCUUCGAGGCCACUUUUCUUGCGCUCUCCAAUGGCCAUUAUAAGGUUGCAUACGUCUCGUUUGUGUCUGUCAUGUCCCUAGCUAUCCCUGUUCUUGCUGGGGGUUCCUUUAUGGCUCGCUGGUAUCCCUCUCAUGGCGAAAUUCGGAUGUCCACGCACUUACCCGCCUAUUAUGCCCUUAUGGUGUUUCUGACGAUCUAUAUGUUGUCAUUUUUUGCUCUGUGGCCUCGACGUAAGAGGUAUCUUCCACAUCAACCAUCCACAUAUGCCGAUGUGAUUAGUUUUCUCUACCAAAGCCCUCUUCUGGUGGAUACGACAUUUUGUGACUCGAAAACUAAAGCGGAUCUCAAUACAAGAGCGAGUAACCCUCCCCCCGGAGAAGGCAACCAAGCACUCUAUGCGUUUGGUAUUUACCAUGGACUGGAUGGAAAGGAACAUCUUGGAAUCGAUAUACUAAGAAGAGCUGAGCGAGGAGAUAUGUUGGUUUCCCCACCGCCUGGAGGAAGAUCUUUCGUGUAG